GUUAAUCGGCCGACUCCCGAUGACGUCAUCCGUUUAGACGGUCUCUCUCUCUCUGUUCUGUCUGACGCUCAGCUCAGUUCCAGAUUCCAGACUUCAGGAGGAAAAAACUACACAAUGGGAAACUGUCAGCCUACAGUAUAUCCUUAUGAGGACUUUGACGUCGUGGCCGACAUCAAGGCCAUCCGCAAAGCCUGCAAAGGUCUAGGCACUGAUGAAAAGGCCAUCAUUGAAAUCUUGGCCAAUCGCUCAGCGGCUCAGCGCAUGGAGAUAAAGCAGGCUUACUUUGAGAAAUACGAUGAUGAGCUGGUGGACGUGCUGAAGAGCGAGCUGGCUGGGAAUUUCGAGAAAGCCAUUCUCGCCAUGCUGGACCCGCCGCACGUGUUCGCCGUGAAGGAGCUGCGCAAGGCGAUGAAAGGAGCGGGCACUGACGAGGACGUCCUGGUGGAGAUACUCUGCAGUGCCUCCAAUGCUGAAAUUGCUACUUACAAGGAUACCUACUUCCACGUGCAUGAGCGGGACCUGGAGGCGGACAUCGAGGGAGACACCAGCGGUGAUGUCAGGAGGCUGCUAACACUGCUCCUCGAGGGGAAUCGAGAUGAGACGUAUGAAGUGGACGAGAAUCUGGCUGAAGAAGACGCCGUGUCACUGUUUGAGGCUGGAGAGGGCCGCUUCGGCACAGACGAGUCGACGUUCAGCUACAUCCUGGCCACCAGGAACUACCUGCAGCUCCAGGUCACGUUCAAAGCCUACGAAGCCAUUUCUGGAACGGAGAUUCUGGAUGUCAUCGAGAAUGAAACUUCAGGAACGCUGAAGAAGUGUUACGUCGCACUGGUGAGAUGUGCUAAGAAUCCGCAGCUGUACUUUGCUCGGCGUCUGAAUGCCGCCAUGAAGGGAGCAGGUACUGACGAGGACACCCUCAUCCGCAUCAUUGUCAGCCGCUCCGAGAUCGAUCUGGAGACGAUUAAGGACAUGUACCUGGAGAAAUACGACGUACCUCUGAAGGAAGCCAUCAGCUCUGAGUGUAGUGGAGACUUCAAGCGUCUCCUGGUGGCCAUCUGUCAUUAAGGCAUUAACGCUUACGCUAAUAAGGAGAAACUAACACACACAACUGGCCGCGGGACAUAGUGCACACAACAUGUCCAGUUCAACACUAUCCGUAGUUCUGAUGUGGUCCUGAUUUAGAAAUCGAAUCUGGAGAGAUGCAGUGAAGAAAACAGUGAUUUGAUGGUGCAUCGUGAAUGAAUGAAUAAAUAAAUAAAUAAAUAAAUCAAUUAGGCAGAGAUGUAACAAAUGGUGCAAAGGUUAACUCGCACAACCAUGUGGGAAAUUAACUAUAUGUCCACAGUAGUGAUAACAUGUGGUAUGUAAUGCUAUAACACAAUGCCAGUAUUUUAUUUUAUUUUAUUAUAUUAUAUUUUAUUUUAUCCUAAUUGCCUGCCUGAUAUAUGAUGGUAUCGCUCUAGCACGCUAUUUAGCGUGAACAUGCCUCUUUACAUAAAACUUGAACAUGCUUAAGUGACUGUGAGAAAGAAAUUUGCUAUGCAGUUUUAAAAGUUGUAAAGUAAAGUAAACCAAAAGAGCAUUUCAUGUCAUUUACAGUCAGACACUUUAUAACGUACGGUCGUUGAAGUAAGAAAUCUGUGACGUAGCUUUAGCUUUUCUCACUUAUCAUGGCCAGCCUUGUUUCUCUCAUUGUGUACUAACACAAAUAUAUUAUAUUUUAAUGUAUUAGAAGUCCAUUAUAUUUUACAUUAUGAGUAAUGUUUAGAGUUUAUAUCACAGCCUAUAGCUUAAAAGGUAAAAAUGGUCUUAGUGACAUUGCUAGAAUAAGUAAUGGCACACGCUCGCCUGCUGCUGUCUUUUUAAAAAAAUACCUUGUCACAUUCUUGAUAAAAUAAAUGGCAGCUGGGUUUUUAACAACUAGAUUUUAAUCCAUUCAAAUGAAUUUUCUUCUACUUCUUGUGACUUAAUGUGGCACAGCUUGCUAGUGUGUUGUAGCUGUUGAAUGAGAUCAGUUGAUGGGACCAGACUCUACCUUCUGGAACGAUAUGAAUGAAAGACCAAAAAUUGCCUGAAAUACAUUGUUUAAAAUAUCCCAAUAAAUCUUAUUAGAAAU